AUGAAAGCGAAGGAGUUUAAACAGCCAGCAGUAGUGAUGGAUACUGUUAUAUGGAAAGUUUUUGUUCUCAUAAUUAACAUUGAUGCUAUACAAUGGAUACAAGGGGAAAGUUAUUUGCCAACUUGGGAUUCAAUUGAUUCGAGACCGGUGCCACAAUGGUAUCAAAAUGCCAAACUUGGUAUAUUUUGUCACUGGGGAGUUUAUUCAGUACCAGCAAUUCAUUCGGAAUGGAUGUGGUACGCUUGGAAAGUAUCAAAUAGUUCAGAUGUUAUCCAGUAUGUAAGCAAAUAUUACAAACCCAGUGUCACUUAUGCCGAUUUUGCUCAAGAUUUCACAGCGGAACACUUCAAUGCUUCUAUAUUUCGAGAUAUCGUGGAAGCAUCCAGUGCAAGAUAUUUUGUGUUCACAAGCAAGCAUCAUGAAGGCUUUACAAUGUGGCCAAGUACAACUUCCUGGAAUUGGAACUCAGUCGAUGUUGGUCCACAUCGAGAUAUCGUUGGUGAAUUAAAGAAUGCAUUCGUAGAAUCCAAAGUUCAUUUCGGUCUUUAUUUUUCUCAAUAUGAAUGGUUUAAUCGCUAUUACAUUAAUGAUCGCAAAUACAACACUGAUAAUUAUUAUGUGUCGUAUCCACAAAUGUUGGAAAUAGUGAGAAAGUAUGAGCCUGAAAUAAUUUGGAGUGAUGGAGAUUGGGAAAUGAGUGAUGAUUACUGGAAGUCAAAAGAAUUUAUUGCAUGGCUUUACAAUUCAAGUCCAGUAAGAAAUACAGUAGUUGUGAAUGAUCGAUGGGGAAAAGGCAUAUCCGGUAAACAUGGAGGUUUCUUAACAUAUUCAGAUCACUUUGAUCCAGGUUAUUUGUUAAGACGGAAAUGGGAAAAUUGUCUUACACUUGAUAAGAAAUCAUGGGGAUAUCGGCGGAAUAUGCGAAGUGAAGACGUAAACACGGUGUUAUACCUCAUUAGUCAGCUAGUGAGGACUAUUGCUUGCAAUGGAAACUUGCUGUUAAAUGUUGGUCCAGAUAAAUCUGGGAUGAUAGCGCCUAUUUUUGAGGAUCGACUGCGUGAGCUUGGUAAAUGGGUAAAACGAAAUCAGGAAGCCAUUUUUAACACUUACCCAUGGAUGUAUCAGAAUGAUUCUCUCUAUAUUUGGUAUACAAUAAGUUCACCAAGAGUGAGACGUGAUACAGUUUGGGUAUCGCAUAUGGAACAUUCUAAACUUUACGCAUUUUUCCUUCAAUUUCCGAUCAAUGAUACCGUUACAUUGUCCUCUGUAUAUUAUACGCCAACGUUGACAGCGGAAGUGCUUCUCGACUUUAAUAAGACUGAAUUCCUUGAAGUGUACGGUAUUCCUGGACAUUCGGUAAUAAUAAGUUUCAAGAAACACCAAAGACUUGCCACGUUCAGCCCAAUCGUUGUUAGGAUCAAGCAUUUUAAUGCUACUUAUCAUGAUCCACUACAGAAUGACUUAUUCAAAUACUGA